AUGACAGUAGCAGAAAUUAAUUCAACAGAUAAUUUAAUAAAGAAUAAUGGUGAACGUAAAAUUCAUACAUUAUUAUUUGAUUUAGAUAAUACAUUAUAUCCAAAAUCAUGUGGAUUAGCAGCACAAGUUAGUAAUAGAAUCACUCAAUAUAUGUCAAUCAUAUUGAAUUUACCAAUGGAAGAGGUAGAUAAAGUUAGAAAUCAUUAUUAUAAAACAUAUGGCCUCACAUUAAAAGGUUUAAUGAUGAAUCAUGAAGUAAACAUUGACAAAUAUUUAGAUUAUGUUCAUGGUGGAUUAGAUUUAAAGAGUCAUUUAAAACCAGAUGCACGAUUACAUGCAUGUCUCAAGAGUGUAAAGAGUGGUGUCAAAAAGGUGAUCUUUUCAAAUGCCGACAUUGGUCAUUGUAAACGUGUUACACGUGAAUUGGAAAUUGAUGAUUGUUUCGAUGCUUGGUUAGAUUAUUUAGAAAUGAUGGACUUUUCAAAACCUCAUCCAGUCGCCUACCAAAUGGCAAUGAAAAAAGCUGACACUACCGAUGCAUCUGGUUGUGUGUUUUUCGAUGAUGUUGUAGAGAAUUUAGUAGAAGCAAAAAAAGCUGGUAUGUACACUGUUUUGGUUGGUGCUACUUCAAAUGAUCCUCAUGUCGAUUAUUGUAUAGAUGAAAUUCACGAAUUUGUCAAUAUUUUCCCAGAAUUAAUAGAUCAAUCAAAAACAACAAUUACAACUCCUGAUACAAAUACAACAAAUUAA